UCAAACUCAUCUCGCCGCACACUCGCUCCGUCAGUCGCGCGUCGGAUCCGGACAAUCAAACAACUUGACUAUUUUUAGUAAUUAACACAUCAAAUUCAGAACAAUCAUGAGCACCAAUGAAAAAAACAGUGAAGUGGCCGUAGACAAGGUCGGCGAAGAGAAGUCGGACGCGAAAAGUGAUCUGAAAGGAGCGAAAAGGGCAGCUGAGGAGAAACAAACCGAGGCGAAAAAGGCGCGAAAGGAGGAGAAUGGAGGCGGUGGAGAUGAUGAACCUCACAGUGAAGAGGAAGAUCUAGAAGGAGAGGGCGAAGGCGACGACGACGACGACGAAGAGGUCGAGGGGGAAGAGGGCGAAGAAGACGAGGAAGUAUUAGAAGAGGGAGAGGACGACGAUCUCGAAGGUAACGAUGAGGAAGUGGAAGAAGAGUUAUUAGACGAAGAAGAAGAGGAUGACGCGUAAUACGGCUAGUGCCUCUAUAAGGACAAUGUCACAGUGAUGUGUUAGUGGUCUGCGUGACGCCCGCCGCGCGGCCCCGCCUCGCCCCAACUGCCGAGCGAGCCCGAGUCACCGCUCAACAGUUGAGAACACGCGGGGCCGGCGUCGCUCCCACCUCAAACGGGUGCACUUUUAUUUAAAUGACAAAUGUAAUUAAUUAAGUCGAAUCCAAUGCAGAUUUUCAAUUUUUACAGUGUUUAAGUUGAUUGAUACCGAAGCUGUAUCUUUACUUUUCUAGGCUCGUCGAUUCGAGUGUAUAAUUAAUUAAGAAUUAGCAGAAUGUUGAAUUUUGUCAUGAAAUGUACAAAUGUGUUUUCGAAAGUAAACUUUAUUCUAAGUGAAACCCACUCUGUAUUUAGGUUUACCUGUGAGCCCGUCAAAUGGUGAAGUUGUGAUAUUUUUCUACAAUAGAAUAUCCAAUUGUUAUAAUAAAAUAUAAUAUACAUACUAGAAAUAGACUCGUACGGCAGUAAUAAUACAUUCUUAUACAGAGUGUCCCUUAUAAGUUAGCGUUAAGCGUAAGUCCAAAAUGGAACUCUUCAGGAGUACGCGAAUGUGUAUUCCGCGAAUUUUGUAGUUUUUGAGUUAUUUUUCGUUUUUUUUUCCAAAUCUUGAAUAUUUUUCGGAAAAGGACGCCUAUCGUAAUGAUGUCUAAUGAAUUUUCCAAGUCAAGAUUUGAUAAUAAUUCUAAAAUUACAGAAACAAACCUCCAUGGGAAUGAUUCGGUUAUCCCUUAGGGGUUCUAAGGACUUUGCUUGACACAGUUUUACUGGACAACCUGUAGCAAAUAAGCAAUUAAGUCACAACGCUCAAUUCUUCAUUUUUUUUGUUGUUGAUGAGAGUUUGUGUGUACAUAUUUAGCGUAAGUGAAGCCUGUGAUUUUAUAAUCGGUCAUGUAACAUAGUGUGAUUGUUGCACUCAGGUUGAAAUCUUUAUUUUCCGCUAAACCUAGCUUGUCAUGUUUCAGUUUCAUAAACACUCCUUCGUACUGCUCGAAUCCACCAUGAACCGAAAGUAGAUAAUGAAUUUUAAUAAUUAUUAUAUUAGUGGUAGUGUGUGGGUUGAGAUUGACGCUCGUUCACGGGGUAUUCGGGUUGGUACGGGGCGGCCGAAUCCUUUGGCCAGUAACUGCCUCCGCUGACGAGACGAGUUGCCGUAUUUCACUUGACAGUUUAUUAGAAAAACAUCACAAUUUUACCAUUAUCUCGCGUACAUCGCACGCCGGCCACCGGCUCUCCGAACGACUGAUAAAGAGAGCGCGACGGUCGCCGUGCCGCGAUAGUGAACAUUAUAAAACCGGCCUGUAAUUUUUGUCCAUAAUUGUUAAUUAGGAUUAGAACCUUCAGUUCGGUAUUCCAGUGUUUCACGGUGUGGAAUAAGAGAUUCCUAGGUUAAAGUUUAGUGUUUAGGAAGUAACGUCAUUUUGUAUGAAAGGACGCUAAGGGAGCUGUGGCGUGGGGCGGGUGAGGCGGGGGGCGACUCCCCCGCCGCCGCUCGCGUGGCCUCGUUCGAUUUGCCGCGCGGCGUGGGUCCCCGCGCCCCGGCCCGCGUCUGCCGCGCCCGCCGCCUGCCCCGUACCACGGCAUGCCAACGCGUUCCCCGAGCGUGGAAAAUCACCCGUCGCGCGAUUUACACCGCUGUCUCACCGCCUAUGUCGACCGAACCAGCGAUGGAACCGCGCGCGGCGAACGCGCGUCCUUACAACUAGACGCCGUUAUUAUUACGAGUGUUUUGAUACUUCUUGUUGAUCAGUUUUCACUCCGUUCAGUCUUUCGCGGGGAGGCGCGAUGUUACGACCGCUUCGGAAUACAUUUAUUUACUGACGUUACGUAACUCGUGGCCCCGGCUGAGACGUUUAUGAAAUGCAUUUAGCGGAUAUUCCAUCGGCGAUUGAAUACCAAAGGGAGCAAACUUAUUUUUGAUUAGAGAAACUAUCAUUGAGAUCAAUAAAAAAAUAACCUCACGAGUAAAUCCUAUUGUCCCGCCUUUUCAUUCAUUUUGUGGUAAGAAUGAGCUGUCGCAUAUUGUGUACGAUGUACGACUAUGUGAAUACCUUAGUACGAUUUUAUUUAUUUGUGAUGUUGAACACUAUUGAUUUUCUACAAUGGACGAAAUGUAAAUACAACCGAUUUUAAGUAAAACGU